AUGCCUCCCAAGAAGGUCGUCAAGGAGGAGAAGAUCCCUUUGGGUCGUCCCGGAAACAACCUGAAGAGUGGUAUCGUUGGUCUGGCUAAUGUCGGCAAAUCUACCCUCUUCCAGGCCAUCACCAAGUGUUCGCUUGGUAACCCUGCUAACUUUCCUUACGCCACCAUCGACCCCGAAGAGUCUCGUGUCAUUGUCCCCGAUGAUCGUUAUGACUGGCUUUGCGAGCACUACAACCCCAAGUCGAGAGUCCCUGCUCACUUGACCAUCUACGAUAUCGCUGGUCUGACUCGUGGUGCCUCUACCGGUGCCGGUCUCGGUAACGCUUUCUUGUCUCACAUUCGCGCUGUCGAUGCCAUCUUCCAGGUCGUCAGAUGUUUCGACGAUGCUGAGAUCAUCCACGUCGAGGGUGACGUCGACCCCGUCCGCGAUCUCGAGAUCAUCAGCGAGGAGCUCCGUAUCAAGGAUAUCGAGUUCACCGAGAAGGCUCUGGAGGCCCUGGGCAAGCAGACCCGCCGUGGAGGUCAAUCUCUUGAGAUGAAGAAGCUCAAGGAGGAAGAGGCCACCGUCGGAAAGAUUCUCGCCCUUCUCAAGGAUGGCAAGGACAUUCGUCACCAGCACUGGACUCCCAAGGAGGUCGAGGUCAUCAACCCUCUCUUCCUUCUUACCGCCAAGCCCGUCGUCUACCUGACCAACCUCAGCGAGAGAGACUACCUUCGCCAGAAGAACAAGCACUUGCCCAAGGUUGUUGAGUGGAUCAAGACCAACUCUCCUGGAGAGCCCAUUCUUCCCAUCUCCAUCGCCCUCGAGGAGCGUCUCUCUCGUAUCGAGACCGAGGCUGAGGUUGAGGAGGAGUGCAAGAAGAUUGGUGGCAAGUCUGCCCUGCCCAAGUGUGUCACCACUAUGCGCAAGGCUCUUGACCUUGGCUGCUUCUUCACCACCGGUACCGAUGAGGUCCGCCAAUGGACUAUCCGCAACGGUACCAAGGCCCCUCAAGCUGCUGGUGUCAUCCACGGCGACUUCGAGAAGACUUUCAUCCAAGCUAUUGUGUACAACUUCAACCUCCUCAAGGAGUUGAAGACCGAAGCCGAGAUCAAGGCCCAAGGAAAGAUUAUGACCAAGGGCAAGGACUACGUCGUCGAGGAUGGUGACAUUGUGCUCAUCAAGGCUGGUGCCGCCAAGGCCUAAGCAUGAAGCCAAUGAUGAUUUGAUGCUUUGAUGCUCAAAGUCGUGGGACGAAAGAUGAGUGGAAUUGCCUUGGUCGCUCUCGAGGCAUCCUGUUUCUACUUUACUGGUUGCCAGUAAAACAUUACUAGCGUUGACUGAAUAGGUUGGCGCAGAAGCAGCUUGCUGCGAAGAGUGAUACCCGGCCACAUUUUAGGCCAGCACAUAUAAACGGGGCAGCUUGAUAUAAGUCGCAGACUCGGCCCAUGCCCCGUUAGCAUAUGCUUGAUAAUGAAAAGUAAAUGACUUUAACAUGAUGAAUAUUCUUG